GUGUAAUAUUGGUUGCCAACCACUGACGUAAGAUAAAUUUUUGAGAUGAUAGUUCAAAAUAAUCACGCGGGUUAUGUUACAAAUUUGAAUAAAAAUGUUCAAAAUCUUUCAAAAUUUGCGCUAUACAAUAAAUAAUAUUCGGGGUAGUUCAAAAUUGAAGGCAACACCUUCAUUUUAUAACCACUCCAGACGACCGCCAAAUGUAUGGUUAUGUCCAGUUAUCCUGCAACCAAAUUUCAAAAUUUGUUUCCUCCCUCCCAACGUAGCUAUAGCUUUAAGCGUAUUAUCCUGGCUGGGAUUCGCAGAAGAAGAUGAAAAUAAGGAAUCUGAGCUUAUAAUGACUCUCAAAAGGGCAGUGCUGUGUACCAGAAGAGAGCAGUAUGAUAAGGCUGAACAGAUGCUCCAUGUAGCUUUAAGAUUGGCGCAGCAGCAACAAAAUCAACAGGGAAUAUUGUAUUGCUAUGACUUGAUGGCCAACCUUGCUUUCGAUCAACUUCAGUUAGAGAAAGCCGAGAAGCUGUUCAUCAACGUUUUACAGUUACUGCUGAGUAAAGGAACUGCUCAGAAUGACCUCAAGGUGAUACAUAUAAGUCUGAAGCUAGCUCGUAUUUGUCAGCUGAGGGCAGAAAUCGAAAAAGCUGAUAUUGGUUACAAAUGGUGCUUGGACCAAAUAGAACAUGAAAAGUACAAAGACAGAGACUCUAGGAUAUUAUAUGGAGUGAUAAAUGACUGGUAUGCACAGUUUCUCCUUGACAGAGGUGAUACAUCAAAAGCAAUGGUUCAUUUGAAAGAAGCUCACAAGGCUUGUAAUGAGACUCAGGGUGAUAUUUCAGAGCAAAGUGUGCUUCUGUUGAAUGAUUUGGGUAUAACCAGCUUUAGGGCAGAAGACAUGGAUGGUGCAGAGAAGUAUUUAAAGGAAGCAUUAAAAGUUGGGAACAACUUGGAGGAUAAGUCUCAGCUUGGCGUCAUUCAUGCCAAUUUGGGAUUGAUUUUGCUGGAAAAAGGGGUGCUAAAGGAAGCUGAGAAGUACUGUGGGGAAGCGCUAAAAUUAGGUGGUAUUUUUUUUUAGGGAAAAGAUACGAACAUGCAGAAUCGUUAGAUCAAGCAAACUACUGUUUUGAUCAAAUCAAACAAAACUUAGGAAAAUGAGGUUUUUAUUUAGUCAUCAGUCUCCUUUUAGGAGAAAAUAAAUUAUUGUUGUAUUUUAUAAAAAUAUAUAGAUAUUAUAUGUAUGUUGUAUAAUGAAC